AGCAAAGAAGCAACUUGGAAGUUCAAGUUGAAGGCAGCUCGGCCUAGCCAGCUUCUCAGUUCUCUGCGAGCCGCAUGGCUACAUGCCAGCACCGAGCUCCAUGUCAGCUUACGAGCACAGCGGCCUUGUGCCGGUUUGGAUGCCGUCGCUAGGGGUCUGCGGGGCAGUUCCGGCGCCUGCAAGCGCAAGGAACGAUGUGGAGCGGCCUGAAGGUGCUCCUCGCAUAUCCCCUCACCCUAGUUCCUCCAGAAGGACUGCCCCCAGGCGCAGCGCUUCCUCAAGUCCGCACGUAAUCCAGCUAGACUCCGACUCUGAGCAGUCGGCUCCUGGGGAUUCACCUUACCGUCUACCAGGGGAGGGUCUCAUCCAUUUUGAGUCCCGAGAAGGGGAUGCGCUCUCAGGGGAGACAAGUCCUGGUAUGCAACAAGCAAGUUUCUCAACGAGGGAGGUAAGAGAAGCCGAUCAUGGAUCUCCGGAAGGGGAGGGGGGUUUUGCACAACGAGCCAACAAGAAAAGAAAGUCGCGCUGGGACUUGCCGUCGGAGGGAGAAGAACAAACCGAACAGCCGAGGGCAAGGCGACGGCAAACAGAGGAUUUGGAGGUCCUGGGGAUGCAGUCAACUUGCCCCAUCUGUCUAAAUGACAUCCCCCCGGAAGAGAAAGCCGUGCUAAAGAGCUGCAUGCACGUGUUUUGUGUGGAAUGCAUACGCGCCUGGAGCGAGAUCCGGCGGGUGUGUCCGCUCUGCAAGGGGGGUUUCACCGGCUGGUGGUACGACAUCCAGGGGGAAGGGGCAUCCAGAGAAGUGAGUCUGCCGCCGCCCCCUCAGAAUGAGACGUCUGGCCGGUUGGAGAGAACCAGGGAUCACUCCAACCGAGGGGCUUAUCUUAAUCAGGAAACGGAAGAGCGCUUCAACGCCCGGCCGUACUACCACCGGUUGCAACGGGGCUUGCAAUCGGACAGGCGGAGGCCCCCCGGGGGUCCGAACCAGGCGCAUGAGCGAGAGGAUCAGGGGGGACGGAGGACACAACCGGCCCCACGCCAGAGGGUUUUCACACCAGAGCAAGACGGGACAGAGGAGCGUGCGCUGAGGUGGCGCAGGAGCAUCUAUGAUCGGGGUUUGGAGGCGGUGGAGAUUGGUGGACCGGUGGGUCGAGUUGGCAGGUCGCAGGACGUCGCCCGAAGUCAGCGGCGCCUUGCCCCCUGGAUCGAGCGCGAGCUGCGGGCGCUCCUGGGGGAGGCGGACCCCCUCGUUACGCAGCUCGUGACGUCACUCUGGAGGUCAGCAAGCGAGUUCGAGCUUGGGGGGAAUGCCGGUGGAGAACCGGUGGCGCAGUUGGAACCGUUUCUCGGCGAUCGUGCUGCGGCGUUCUGGCAUGAGCUGAGGUGCUUCGCUUCGAGCCCCUUCACCAUGCAUACAUACGACUGCGUUGCUCAGUACCGAAGGAGGCGUUCUCCCGAAUCGGGGACUCCUCAAUACUUCAGAGCAACCGCCUCGAGAGCCGGUUCCCACCAUGAGCCACGUCCAGCUUCCACAAGCGGUGCGAAUGGGCGGGGACGGGGAGCGCAACUAGAAAGGGUACGAAACGGCGCAGGUAGCGAAGCAGCACGCAGUCUAGAAAGCAGAAGCAGGAGCCUAGUUACCAACGACGGCACGCAGAGUUGUUUGACGGGGGAAGGUGAAAGCGGGGGGGCGCGAGAAAGGGCAGAUACGUGUCAAGAACGGAUGCCUUCAUCUCGAUCGCAGACGGCCCAAGAUGCCAGGCGCUUUGACGAUGCACGCUCUUUUACUUUCAGAGCGGAGCUGGCGAGCGGAGUGUCUCGAGCCGAGUCCCGAGGCGAACAGAAACUUGUUGGGGGUCUUUCUGACGCGUCAAAGCAAGCAGGAGGCAAUAUGGGGGAUGGCGUAAAAAAGAUUGCAGUCGUAGGUAGAGUCAUAGCCACAGGGCACAGACCAUCUCGUUCCAAGUUGAUUUGACGACGUCUGAUCCAAAGUCGGUGUAACCCUCUAUGGGUAGGUCUGCAAAGCAGAUUAGGUCAGGAUGAAAGUUUCGUCUGGCGAGUGUGAGUUGAGAGUCAUUCGAUCUGCCUUUCUUUCAUGCAUCUGAUCAAACUUCGAACAGAAGCAGGUGCAGUGCUGAUCCUAGUGGGUACCAUGCAGUGAGUGCAAUACAACGGGCACAAUAGCGGAAGCUGACCAUGUCGUGUGAUUCAAGCGUGGGAGCCACGGUCACUGUGUCCGACCAUGCAGUAUGCAUGGAC